GAUACCCGGUAUAGAUUUCCGUUGGACUACGCCUGUGUUGCUCUCUAGAAGAGGCUACAGUGGCGAGACGAAGAUAUUAUGGUUGUGAGGGACCAUCAGCCGUGUUGACCACGUGCGAGUCUAGUUUUUGUUGUGGGCGAAAGCCGUUAACCACAAAAAAAAAUUGGCGGAGGGAUACGAGGCAGGGCGCAACUGCCAGCAGCAAGCCCGCGGGACGGCAAGGCAGUUGUCGCGGCUCAGCAGUCAGUCCGCGGUGACAGCGGAGGCGAGGUGAGUUGUGUGCUCAGGAGACAGAUUGUCAUCGUCUUAACAACGCCUGCUGUUGAACCAGGCGCGCCAGUCGCCAGCAGGACCUCCCUGAUCGCCUGGCAGAAUGUCCUCCGCGCGCGGCAGGCAGGCGGCCACUCGGGACAGGAGGCCCAGAGACUCGCCCAUCACGCCCUCGCCAGCCAAGGCAAGGAUCUUGCAGCGUAGUAAUUCCGUCAAGAGAAGAGCGCUGCUGGUCACAAAGGAAGUCUUCAGGCAGCACAGUACUGAGCUUCAAGAAAUGAAGCCGACGCGUUUGUUGCAGGAAAGUAAGCCGGGGACUCCCCUCGGCCUCAGGGAGGACCUGUCUCAGAAGCAGGGAAAGCAGUCUCGAACGCUCGCAACAUUUAAGGAGGAAAUGUUUAAAGAACUUCAGAAGUUUCAGGACAGGAAGCCUCUCUCCUUACUCAAUGUUAAAGAAGAUCCGCAGAAGAAACUUAUCCAAAAGCAAAAAACCAUCAAAAUCCAAGAGGACCAUCCUUUGAAGAAUAUGGUCGGCGAGUAUGCGCUCACGCGGGACUGGCAGAGGCUGAGCGCGGGGCUGAAGACGGCGCUGCCUCGCGGGAGCCCCGCCCACAGCCACCUGCUGGUCGCCUGCUCGCUGCCCGAGGCGCCGCUCAAGUUCGCCUGCAGCCACGACCUGGCGGCGCUGGUGUCGCUGCUGCUGGAGGCGGGCCUGCCCCCGGGCACGCUGGUGGACGGCGCCGGCAACACCAUGCUGCACGCGGCCGCCGCCGGGGGCCGCGCGCGCCUGGUGGAAGAGCUGCUGGCGCGCGGCGCCGACCCGGGGGCGCUCAACGCCAGGAGGCAGACGCCGCUGGACAAGGCGCUCGGCAUGAUGCACGCUGGCGUGGUGCGCCUGCUGGCCGAGCACGGUGGUCCCCGCGGCCCUCGCAGCUAGGCUCCCUCAGUGGUGCUGGUUCACCUCGCGAGUCCACACCCCUCAUUUCACAAACAUAAACAUCAUUGGAAUAUUAUAUUAGAAUGUUACCCCUGUUUAUACAGUCAGUAGGAGGAUUAUCGCUUUUACGUCCCAUGAUUUUCAUACGUGUAAAUUCAAUGUUUUAAACGUCAAUAGUACAUAUUUAUGUUAGUAUUUAUUUUAUAAUUAAAAGUACUUGGUGUAGGGAUCUCAGCCACACAAUUUAUAUUUGUUAAAUUUUAUUUUCGGGGUUAUUUUAAUUUUUUUUGUUCCUAAAUGGCGUAAUAGCAUUUCAUGCCUUGGAAGCCAGGAACAUUAGAUAAUCGUUUUACAUUAUGACCGUCACUUUUCUGUUAAACCUAGAUAACUUCUUUAUUUUCGGUUUUACUUGAAUUUUUUUUUUCAAAAGCUGUCUCUGAAGCAUAUACAUUUCAAAUUUUUCUUUUAUUCUCGAUUAAAAUUCGUUAACGUGGCUUCGUACGAAAGUGAUGUCACUGUUUGCUACCAUAGGUAGUCACUGCUUCACGUUAACUGCUUUCUCGUUAUGAUUAAAUGAGUAAAUUAUUAACUCGGCUACUUUCUGAAAUAUUAAAUGUUGUGCUUAUUUUAUUACUUACUUCCUUCUUGGAAAAUAGUGUGGUGCUGGAAAACUUCUCAUUCGUAUUCACACCUGUUUCGAAAUCAACAAAAUUAUAAUCUAUAAUCUGUACCAUAGGUUUCUGAAAAGGCUUUGUUUGUUAAUAUCGCGGCCCCAAGAUUAGUCUUCAGUCACUGCGACACGCCAGGACGUUCACCCAUAGCAUUGUCUAUAUAUAUUUUUUUUAAGUGUGGUGGAUUUGAUUGUUACUUGUUCGUGUUUGUGUGGAUGUUUUAUUCUUAAACCUCCGUGGAGAAAAUGUUCAGCUUGUUUUCUACUCUGUUCAAAUUAACCUCCAUUUUUAUGAAUUUUUCUUGGUUAUGUGUGAAUUUAAGGUUAUACGAGUCAGUGCAUGAAGGUUUUGUCAAUAUUUUAAUGUAAAUUUGUGCAAUGCUCUCCAAAAAUAAUGGAAUAAAAUUUUUACAAUUGGGAUACAUGCAUGCGUUUCUAUUAGUGUGUUAAGUGAUUAUUGGAUAGAAUGUGUUUUUAUUAAUACUGAUUGUAUACCUGGACUUUGGGUUAAAUUUGAAUUGUUUGAGUGGUUAUUAUUAAAAUUUUACCGAGCUCUAAAUUUAUUUGUGAACAAUGUGGGGUGACUAUGAGGAAAGUAGGUAUUAAAAGCGAUCACCAUUUUGUUUGAGGGGAGAAAGAAAUGUUAACUUUAAAACUUCAGCUACUUUGACAACGAAUAGUUGCAAAAAUUUGUUAAGCUGCUGUGGAUGGUCAUAAUCGUGAAUUUAAUAUAAACACACUGUGCAAUCACCUUGUGAACUUUGGUUAUUCUGAUGGAAUUGUAUUAAAAAUUGCAUAUUAAAUUAAAUAAAAUAUAUUCACCA